AUGUGGCUUGCCCGGCCAAUUGGUACAGACUUUGGGAUUAUUCAUGUUAGACGCGAAUGGAUCCAAUCCCAACGCCGACCUCCUUCCAUCUCCGAUACGAUUCAGCAUCCACCAUCGUUCCUUCUCACCGCCACCGCUCCACCAAACUCGGCUUGCACCGUAAACAAUCACUGGUCCACCUCGUUCACCCAUGUCAUUGUUGAGAAUCGAUUUGAUAUCCAGGGUUUCCUCUCUAUCUUCAUUUAUCCCGAUUUCUCCUCUGCUUUUUCACUACCAAGUAACAACGACGUCGACUGGCUCUCUUCGCCAUUGACAUCGUCGCUACAUCCAGUUACGUCGUCACCUCCAUCCAAAGCACCGACGCCGCCUGCCUCAUUAUCCCCUCCAACGACCGAGAACCCUAGCACUAACCAAUGUUUACAGCCACCCACUAGCCUCAAACUCUAUCACUCCAUCAUCAGCUGUUUGAUUGAUUUCCAGUUACUUGCAAUUGUUGGAUCUAUGAUAUCUGGAAGGCUGUUCCUAGAGCGAAUCUACCAUCAUGGAACUAGACUUGAUUAUUGCAAUAAUGGUUUCUUGGAGCUCUCAACCAACUAACCAAAUAAUUAUCAUGCAGGAACACUUGGCGGCCUUUGAUUCAAAACUCAAAUUGAAGAACAAUUGUCGGGGUUUAUCGGUUAAGCUUAACUUGGUAAUUUACCAAGUAAUCCCCAAAAUAAUUCUCAGUUUUAUGUUUUUAAGCACUUAGUUAAACAUUUAUAGUUGACAAUUUUAAUGUGUAUUGUUAGA